AUGGCUUCUCAACACCCUCCGCCUUCGAACGUCUCGGCUUCAGUCUUGCAUUCUUUCCCAGACGAAGAAACCCCUCUGAUCAGCAACCACCCAGCGGAACCAAACAGCCCAUCCAGUUCACCAUGGCUCUCCGAAACUCUCCUACUGGUGAAAGCCUCUAUACCAGUCAUACUGGCAUACAUGCUUCAAAACAGCCUCCAAACAGUCUCCAUCCUCAUAGUCGGCCGCAUCUCCCCCGAAGCACUUGCGACAGCUGCAUUCUCCUACAUGUUUGCAAUGGCAACAGCCUGGCUCAUCGCUCUCGGUGGAACGACUGCUAUCGAUACACUCGGCUCGAGUACCUUUACGAGCUCGAAGAAUAAACAUGAUUUGGGAAUAUUGCUGCAGAGAGGCAUGGUUGUGUUGACGGCCUUUUAUGCUGUCGUUGCGAUCAUAUGGUGCUUGUCUGGAUACAUCUUCCGUGCUCUUGGACAGGAAGACUUCAUCUGUGUUCAAAGCCCGAGAUUCUUGAUGCUCCUAAUACCUGGUGGUCUUGGAUACGUCUGGUUUGAAGCCAUGAAGAAGUUUCUCCAAGCACAAGAGAUCUACAGACCUGGCACUUAUGCUCUUUUCGUCACAUCGCCUUUAAAUGCGUUGUUGAAUUGGCUGUUCAUCUACCCUCUCGGCUUCGGUCUUGAUGGAGCACCAAUUGCAACAGGCAUCUCAUACUGGCUGUCAUUCCUCAUACUUGUUGGAUAUGCAACGUUCGUCAGAGGUUCAGAGUGCUGGGGUGGUCUCAACCCCAGACAAGCACUUCAGCAUCUCGGACCUUUCGCGAAGCUGGCAUUCCUUGGUGUCAUCCACGUUGGGACCGAAUGGUGGGCAUUUGAGAUUGUUGCUCUCGCCGCUGGUCGUCUUGGUACCAUCCCACUAGCUGCCCAGUCUGUCGUAAUGACUCUGGAUCAAAUCAUCAACACCAUCCCUUUCGGACUUGGAGUAGCAGCGUCAUCUCGUCUGGGCAAUCUAUUAGGUCUCGGCGACCCAUUGCAGGCUCGGCGCUGCGCACACUCAGCAGCUCUUCUGUCAAUUCUCUUCGGAACAAUCAUCCUGACCGUCCUUCUGUCGACCAAGAACAUCAUCGCCAAGCUCUUCAAUAACGACGAAGACGUAGUAGACCUCGUCGCGCACGUCAUGCCAUAUGUAGCACUCUUCCAGAUUGCGGACGGUCUCAAUGGCAGUUGCGGAGGAGCCCUACGAGGUAUGGGUCGGCAAUGGGUUGGUGCGCUGGUCAAUUGCGUGAGUUACUACGGAGGUGCACUUCCAGCUGGUAUUUGGCUUGCCUUUCAUGGCUGGGGACUAUCUGGACUUUGGGUUGGACAAUGUGUGGCUUUGUUCCUUGUGGGUGUUUUGGAGUGGGUUAUUGUUGGCAUGUGUAACUGGAAGAAGGAGGUUCGGAGGGCGGCUGAUAGGAUGAAGGCUGGUGGCUUGGAGAGUGCCUUAUAA